AUGGCCCUACGCACAUCUGCCGAGAACGCAGAGGACGUUGCCGCCGGCUUUAGCACGUUCCGCGCUCCUCUCCCAGAACAUGCGACGGAGAUCACCGGCCUCAUCUCGGAUCUGUAUGCCAUCAGUUCGUCACUAUCCAGCUUGGACGAUCUGGUCAAGGACCCUCGCUACCGCCGCAAUCUGCCCCGCGUGCAUCCCGAUCUGGAAUUGGCGCGCGCCAGCUUAAAAUACACUCUCGAGGAUAUCGUCGAUUUCUUUGGUCGGCUCGAUGGCGGGAAUAACCCCGAGCUCUACAGACGUACAUGGCUGGCCAUGGGCCGUUUCUUCUGGGACGAGUCGCAUUAUUCCCUGGAGACCCGCUUGGCCAAGUACAAGACGUUUCUUCGGGAACUGGGAGAUUCUCUGAAGGGCAAAAACAACGACUCCCCUCUCCAAGCCGGCUUCCGCAAUGGCAUCAAGACGCUUCUCGCCGCCCAGGACAAACGCCUUGCACCAAGGCUCGGCCGCAUGUCACUGGGCCGGAAUCCCUCGUCGAGUGGCAACAGCACCGAACCAAGUAGUCCGGUCAGUGAUCGGCGGCCGCGUCGCCGGUCCUACGAGCGCGCUCGACCGCCACACCUCUCACCCCAAUCGCCUCUUUCGCCCUCCUCCGGCGGUUUCUCUGAUAUCCCGCCAUCGGUCCCGGAAGCCCCGAGCUCUCCGUUAACAGCGUCGACUACGGCAACGGCCGCCACGGCCACCACGAACAGCCAAUCGGCCACGGGCGACGCGAUCCAGUAUCACUGGGCCAAGCAAGUGUUUAACAGCUGUGACACAAGCACCCCGAUCCCGCAGACAUCAGAGAAAUCGGGGUGCUACGGAGAACCCAAUCCCGGAAUCAAGCCAUGGCUUCGAGAACAGGGCUAUGAAGAGCUCCUUCAUAUAGCCUUCAACGACGACUGCGACAUCCGCGUAUACUUCUACCUGCGAGAACGAGACCACCGCGUCCGCAUCCUCUGCAAAGUGCCCCACCGCACCCGUCCCAGCGAGUACUUUUGCUUACCCCUCGACAUGAUCGAGAUUCUCCGUGAAGGGUCUUGUCUCCAGUUGUGCCGACGGCGCCGCUCGGGGACGCAGCUGGUGUUCUGGGCUACUUUUAAAUUCCUCACCAUUGAAAAUAUGGUGCUGUUCUACUGCAUGUUCCUGGCCCUGCGCUCCCAAGAUGCAGGCCAUCCCGUCAACAAUAUCCGGGACUAUGAGCUGGAAGGCGAAGAAGAGCUGUUCGGGGCCAAAUCAUCGACGACAUAUACCGACACGCGCUGCGCGUUUACCACGAUACGGCAUCCGGGGCCAUCAGACUACAAGCCUCAGUGCACCAAGGCGACAUGGACCAAGGAUAUAAGCACCCCCGUCUGGACCGCCUUCGUCACCCACCUCCUCGACAAACGCGGCUGGCUCCGCCGCCUGGACGCGCGCACCGUCCUCGUGCGCAACCUGCAGCCCGCGAUCCUGAUGUCCGCCGAAGACUAUAAUCUGCCGCAGACGUCGCGGGGAGACCAGAUCCUGAAAUUUACUUCUAGUGGCGAUGCCGAUGGCUUCUUGGAUAUCAUGGAAGAGCUGGUGAUGGAUCUUCAUUGA